AUGGAAAUUACACACCUUUCUUUUGCCAAGCUGUCCAGUCAGUAUUCAAAUGCACUGCUUGGAAAACUCCUGGUGUUCCGAUCUCUGGCGGCCAUGGCUUCACUGUCGUCCAAAAAUGCUGAGAAUAAGCACACCAACACCAACACCAACACCAACACCAACACCAACACCAACAGGCAGAAUGUGACCACUGGGGCUAACAACGAGAGGAUGACGUCACAUGAGGACAGCUCUGACCCACAGAAACUCCUCAAUUCAGCCAUAACCGCUGGUGACGUCACAAGAAUCCUCCGCCUUCUCGACGACCAGCGCGUGGACUUGGACAGGCGAGAGGCAGUGUACGACCAUCAAACGCCGCUCAUGAGGAUGUGCCACAUGGACACUGAGGCCGAGAGUCGCAGCGCCCUCGUGCAGAAGCUGGAGUCUCCGGGACAAGGACGUAACUCCGCGGUCGUGUACGCUAUCCGACACGGCAACGAGGAGAUCCUGGGACUGAUUCUCCAGCAGGAAGAGUGCUCUUCCCUCUUGUCGCAAACAAACAAUCUGGGUCAGACACCUCUCGAAAUAGCGCAGACUGAAGGACACGCAUCCAUGACAUCCUGCUUGCAGUCUCUGUUUCCUCCUCAACGGUCUCCCAGCAACAGAAGGUUGACCUGGACGAGAACAGACAGCAAGCAAAAGCCACUGCUGCUGCCUCCAAAGAGAGGGAAAAAAACGCUUUCCCCUCGAAUAGGACACAAGCUUCUCCCCCAGUCGCACGAAGGAGGGCAGCAAUCUUUCCUCCACAAACCUACAGGAUUGCACGAGGGCCGCAGUGGAGGCAACAGGUUAAAGACGGUCAACAACACGGUCCACACAGACGGUUUGCAGUCGCCACGCAGGCGGUCACAGGGCGUGACGUCAGAUCCCCGACCAGCGCCAUCUCACGAGCCCGACAGAGGGCUUGGCGAGGGCGUCACAGCACCGCGUGCGAACGCCGCGCGGCAAAGCUUCGUGAAUCUCUUCAAGUCGGGAUCCCGUCAGCAAGGGGCAGGCGACUGCGACCACCCUGGCGACGUCUUGUACAAUGCCAUCCACACCGACAGGCCGUUUGUGCGCAGCCGCAAAGAUUCAGUUUCGCUUCCGGACCUUCGCAAUUUAAAAGGAAAACUCGUGACUUCCGGUGACGUCACGCCAUCUGCGAGCGAGUCAUCGGCUCAGCCGGAAGCUGGAAACAUUAAGGAGGACGACGAGGAAAACGAGGCUUCAGCUGAGGGUGAGUUGUACCACCACAAGACAGGGAGGAAGUCGUGUGGACUGCCGCCUAUUCAAACUAACAUGGCAGACGCAGAGAACAGAAAGGACAAAGGUCACCAGUACCCCCGCACUAAAAAGCAGGUCAGCAGUGACGACAUUUUGCUGAGGAGUCUCAUUUACUGACCUGUUCACACCAGCAAGUGGACAGACUCCAGCGGCGGCUGACCACAGAUCCAGACACUCGACGUGUAGUGUGUAGCAUGUAGCAGACGGAUUACAACUCAGAUGUAGUGGAGGUGGUUGGCCGAUUCUCUCAGUGAAGACCUGAAUGUACUGCGCUGAACAGAUGCCACGAACUCACUGCUUACUCAUGGACUGUGCCAGACAAUGUCUAUACGGCCUCGUGGAUUCUAGUGGCUGUUACAAGUGGUUGGAGUAAUGUAAGUAAUGUAAGCCCUGGGCAUGUCCAGACAAGUAGGAACUGAAAAUGUGGAUUCGUUUUUAGCGGACCAUCACCUGCAGUACCUCAAGUGCUUGAUUUACUAGCAACAAAGUGAAAAGGUUUCUAAGGAGUCUAACAAGUUAGAGACCAUUUGAAUGGUGGACUGGAUUCCAGUAACCCCGGGUUAGCCCAGGGGCAGUCUUUGUCCGUCUUUUCGUCAUUUCCUGCGUAACACGAUACGACAGACAAAACACGAGAUCACAUUGUAUGUCAGUGUGUUUUGAAGCCACAGAUACAACAAUAUCAUUUUUCAUAAGCUAUAUUUACGAUGAAUCUGGCCUCGGACAAUGCAAUAAUAUAUAUAUAUGCAUGUAUAUACAUCAACACAUUAUAUUGCAAUAAAGGGAUAUAUUCGGAAUAUGAAACAAAAAGUCAAACCUGCCAAGCGCCACUAAUGCAAUGAUGAUCACUCCAGAUGAUGCAAUGUUCACUUUGUGUUGUGCAAAAAGUCCUUUAAAACAUGGAGAUGGUGGCCAUAGGAUGAGGGGUGCGAGAGAUUUGUGUGAUGGGAGAAAUAAUUUGAAAGGAAGGUUUGCGUAUAUUGUAACACUGGAACCUUUAGAUAUAUUGAUCUUCACAGGCACUUUGUUAGUUUGAAAAAUGCGGAUGUAAAGAAAGUAUUGCUACAAGUGACGAGCGCGGUGUGAUGCAAGGUGUAACUGACUGCGAUGUUCAAGUCGAGAGAGCACGCAGCUCUUAGUCACCACCGGUGAGUGUCCAUCAGCUGGGGAAGUUGCAGCAGGUAUACAAAGUCUUUCAAAAUUUAUUUUUAAUCAAAAUAAGCAAAAUAUUAUGAAUGCAUCAAAGCACCACCAAUCAUUUGUGCAUAAUAUAUUCCCCAUGUCGUGUUGCCAUGAUGGACAAUAGUCAACCUGACAGUCAACCUGGUUUACCUGACAUUAGUGUGUUCAGGUAUCAGCUGUGCUGGUGGUGUUCUCUGCUAUAGUCAUAGGUUUUAGUAGUUUGCUCUUAUCAGUGUGUUUGUUUACUGUUGGCUGUUGUCAAUGCGCUAGUUUGAUCGCUAUUUGAAAAACACUGCACGUCCAGCUAACAGCCAUACAAGUUCACAUCAGUUUACAUCAGUUUACAUCAGUUUCCUCGUCACCAAACGAAUUGUUUGUACAACAGAGGAAAGCAGGAGCUACACUUACUUUCCUUAAUAAAGCGCUCAUUGAAUCACAAAUCAUCUUUGCCCACCAGCAGUGGACAGGACUGAAAUUGGUUUUGAAGAUUCAAUCAAGGGCAAAACAAGGGACAUAAAACAGCAGUUAUAUAAAUCUUUGAUUUUUAAUUUUCAAGCCGUGUCUUGUCUUAAACGAGAGUCUGUCACAUACCUUUCGUGUAGCACACUUUUGUUGCUGUUACAACUUUGUUAUUAUUUUGUAUAUAAAUGAUGGGAAUAAUAAAAAUAUGCAAGGAAAUGAGAGGCUUGGAUUCAUGUUUCAUUACAUGACCAGGACAGUCAAACAGUCACAGGCUCCCAGCACGGGGCGACACGACAGGACUCCACAUCUGAGCUGUGGCAACUAUUUAUUACUAGGUGUCCUAUUGAAGUUAUAUCCUACAAACAAAAUCAGUUUUACAGACGUGUUUGUUAAAGAAGUUUUUUCUAAAAGUCACGAAAAACAAUUUUGACAACUAAUUUUUGGAAAAUAAUCUUUUAUAAUCAGAACGCCAAGCAGAAAACAGUUUUAUUCAGGAACAUUUAAUAUCAUUAACAACCUGCACUUUUACAAUAUGAGGCUUUAUAAAUUUUGAUUGUAAUUUCAGACCCAUCUCAACGUUCUAUUUUCCUCGUCGACAAAAUUGCUGCCACCAUAUUCUUCCACAGAGUGGAUUGAAAUUGUUUGAUAUUUGAGCAUACUAGUGCCCUACAGCCCUAGGGAGCUCUGCAUGAUGGCAAGCAGCGAAAACGCUGUUUCAAAAGAGAGUUUUUAUUAAAAGUGCUUUCCAAGUAUCAUUUCUCUCUUGAUGCUGUCAGGAACCUUUCACUUGGCAGACAAAAUGUCUCUCCUUCCAUGGUGCGCUGCUAUUCAAGCGCGAAUCUGUAAAGCAUACAAACAUAUUUUCAACACUUGUCUAUCAGACAGUUCACAUCAAGCAUCUCUACCAGGCUACAGUAGUGUUUCCGCUCAUGUACAACUCACUCCUGAGAAAUAAUGGUUUCUUUCAACAUCCGUGUGUUCUUGUGUGUGCACGUGUGUGUGUAGUUUUUUGUUUGUUCAUUUGUUUUCACGUAUUUGUCUCCUUUCCCAACUGUUAUUUUUUCUUUGUUAUGUCGUUAUAUAUAUUAUUUUGUUUACUUUUAAAUUUCUCAUGCCAUAUCACUAUAUUUUAUUGCAAAAAGCUCAUAAAUCUGUCAAGUAUGAUACCAUAGUCUUAAUUCAUUAUUAAUUCCAGAUAAGCACCAAAGCGUUUAUUGUCCUUCAUUGUUAACAUGACAUUCUUAUGAAAUAAAAGAAGUGUUUGGCAA